AUUGGUAGCCACUGGAGAUUUUUGAGGAAGCAACCCCCGCAUCCGCCCUUUCCCCCCCCCGUUGGUCAUCCUUCCCUCGAACCCCAAACCCCGUAGCCCCCACAGGCCUCCCCGAGCCCCGUGGCUUCGGCCCCUUCGACAGCGGAGAGCAACUCCAUGCCGAUGCCGAUUCCCGCCAUCGUUUUCAUCGCCGUGGGCCUCUACUUGCUGCUGAUGGGCCUAGUGCUGGGGACCAGACGCUGUCUACUGGCUAGGGGCUGCUGCCAGGACUGCGGGGAGUCCUGUGGAAAGACGGGGGUCCGAGGACCCUGUGGAUGCCACUGCUGCUGCUGCCGCCGGGAUUGUGCCCAGGCCUGCGACUUCACCGUGCCCAGCCCGGCUCGCUGCCUGGAUGCCUGCUGCCCCCGCCCAGCUGAAUGCAGUUGGGUCCCAGGUUGUCCCCACUGCUGUCCGCUGUGCGACUGUGCCUGUGCCUGCCAGCCUCCCGACUGCCAGAGCCUCAACUGUCUUUGCUUCGAAAUCAAGCUGCGCUGAAGAGGACCCAGCGAUGUCGCCCCGGCGGGGAUCCCGCCAUCCUUUGAACCCAGAACCUCGUCCGUCCAACCACCGGGCCGCCCCCCUCCAGGAACCAGGCCCCUGCCUCAGAGCCAGAAAAGCCUUUCUCCCGCUUCCGCGGGGCGGGAAUCUUCCGCUGGACCAGGCCCUCUCAUGGGGAAGGCCGGCUGCCCUGGCAGGAUACCCUCGCCACCGUGGGGAAUUAUUGGCCCUUCUCGGCGGUGCUCACCGCUACUUGAGUUUUGGGGUCCAGGGAAAAGAGGGGGCUGACCCAAAGGAAUGGUUGCGGGGGGGACCGCUACUAAUCCAGGGAAGAACUCUCAUCCCUGCCCCAAGGGAUGCCAGUUGUUUCUUUGGAGGACUCGAUGGGGGUGAGCUGGCAUUGCCUGGACUGGACUGCCUUGUGGAAUGGGUUCACAGUAGGGAGGGAUCGCGGGGUCAGGGUUGACACUCUUUCUCCCCAACCAUCCUGAUAAACUUUUAUGGGAGAUAAGGGAGGUGGCUGCCCCCCCUGAACUGAAUGGCUGAGGACCAUGCCUGAAACCAGAGAGGAUCCAGGAGAGCCAGGAGGCAGGGCAGCAGGAGCGAUUCCUGGGCAAAAAGGGCCAAGG